AUGCUACGAAGGUCCCGCAGCAUCACGCAGAACGCCAAAGCGCCCAAGUCGCUCAAACCUCAGCAGGCACGCCAGCUUAUCCGGCGAUUCCAUGUUCUUCUCAAAAACAAGGCCACGAUAAUCAAGAGCCUCGCCCGCGAAGAUGCCAGCUUGACCGAAAACAACUACAAAGACAUUCUAGGGAAAAAGUACGCCGCAGCGUAUGGCCAGUUCAAACUCACCAAGCAUCUUGAACAGUUCCAGCCCGAUGGCUCUUGGGAGAAGCUUGUGCCAAUGUUGGCACGCAUCGACGCCGAAAUCGACCAGAGGGGCGGUCUCCAUGUCUACCAGAUGGCGUCCACGGUGGGCCAAAACGAGCUGCGGGGAGGAGACUCGCUGAAAAGAUUGGUUGCGUGGUUCAAGGAGCUCGGACGAACGGCCCGCAGCCUGCUAGAAAUUGGGUGUCUCAGUGCAGAUAAUGCCAUACUGACAUGUGGCCUAUUUGGGACGGUCACACGGAUCGACUUGAACUCCCAGAACCCCAAGAUUGAACAACAGGAUUUCAUGCAACGGCCGCUCCCUACCCUGGAUUCGGAUAAAUUCGACGUUAUCUCGUGUCUGUUGGUGCUCAAUUUCGUCCCGACUCCGGCACAGAGAGGGGCCAUGUUACGCCGAAUCACCCAGUUUCUCCGGCCCGAGUCAUCUUCGCUCUUUUUGGUGCUCCCAUUGCCGUGCGUGGCGAACUCGCGUUACUUUGACGCAAGUGUCCUUGAGAAGAUCAUGCAGAGUCUAGGGUUCCGCCAGGUACGUUAUUACGAGGCGAAAAAAGUGGCCUAUUGGCUCUACGACUGGAAUGGGAAAUGCUCCGAAAUCAAACUACGGAAAAAGGAAAUCCAUAAAGGCAGCAGCCGCAACAAUUUUUUCAUCGACGUAAAUAACCAGCUGUCAGAUGAAGCGUAA